GGCCUAACUUUUUGCCCUUCUAGAUCAAGUCUACAACCCCAAACUGCACUUGGACCAGUCAGCCCUACGACGUUGCCUUCUCUGUUUGCUUGAUAAGAAAUCUUGAGACCAGAAUCCAAACGACCAUGUCACAACAACGACAGCCAGGGCAGUGGUCACCACUGGGCGGCAACGUGAACGCGCCAAUGCCCAUGGAGCCACCGUCACCCACACAGCGGCAGGACCCCGCCUGGCCGCAGUACGCCAUGAUGCGUCCAUCAGACCAGCCGCCCUCUGCCGACCUGCCCUACCCCCUGUUCGCUGCCAGGGACUACUACCGCGACCGGUCCAUGAGCAACGCCACGCACGCAGACGCCGCCGAGAGGGCCGCCGCCUUCCAGACGGCCGCGACCCGAUCCCGGAGCGCCACCCAACCUAGCCUGCCCCGGCCGGCAACUCCCUUGGGCUGGGAGCGGUACGUGCCGCCGCUGUUUGCCGCGACGGGCGGCGGUGAGGUCCCCCCCAGCCUGCGGGACCUGCCGCCGCUGCCGCCGCCUACUGCUGCCUGGGGCUACUCGCAGUCGAGGGUGGCGCCGUCUCGCCUGCCGGUCCGGGUGCCGCAGGAGGCCCGCGACGAUGCCAGGGUCCGCGCCAUCGUGCAGGCGCUGCGGGUGGAUCCGCAGGGCGCGCCCGCUCCCUCCAUGGAGACGCAGCAGCAGCAGCAAGAACAACAACAACAACAACAACAACAACAACAACAACAACAACAACAACAGCAACAGCAGCAGCAGCAGCAGCAGCAGCCGAGUUACGUGGAGCUGCGGCCCAUGCCCAGCAUUCCCAGCGCACUCCGCCCGCAGCAGUGGGCCACGGGGCUGCCCCCGCGGCCGUCCCAGACGGCUGCCGCUGCCACCCCGAGCCCGGAGUUCCUGGAGAGCCGGCGGGGCCUGGCGCAGCGGCAGGCCGGCGUGCCCCCGCCCAUCAACGCCGUGGCCGCCUCUGCGGCGCCGGCCUUGUACAAGCCGGACCCGAUGGCCACGACGGCCACGGCGGUCGGCAGCAGCAGCAGCACCCCCUCGACGGCGGGGUGGCCCACCAAGGAGGGCGUGAGCUACAUCGAGCGUGCCGGCGGCGGCGGCGGCGGCGGCGGCGGCUGGCCGCCCAUGACGACCAUGGGCGACGACGGCGGGCGGGGCGGCGGGGUGGCGUACGCGGAGAACAGGCGGGUCGGCACGGCCGACACGGUCGAGCUGGACAAGGACGUGGUGACGUGGGACGGGCCCGACGACCCGACCAACCCGGCCAACUGGCCCAUGCGCAAAAAGUACCGGACGUCCCUCAUCCUCUCGCUCUUCAGCUUCAUCGCGCCCUUCUCGGCCACCAUGGUCGGCCCGGCCAUCGACGUGAUCGGGGCCGAGCUCGACAUCGCGCCCCCGGCCCAGCAGCUGAUCCAGGGCAUGCAGGUCCUGGCCGCCGGCAUCGGGCCCUUCUUCAUCGCGCCCAUGAUCGAGGUUUAUGGGAGGGCUGAUGUUAUACGCUACACCCACCUAUGGCACCUGAUCUGGAACACGGCGUGCGGCUUUUCGACCACGGGCGGGCAGUUGCUUGCGUUUCGCUUUAUUAGCGGGCUUGGGGCUAGUGCGCCCCAGAUCCUCGCCCCAGGCCUCACCGCCGACGUCUACCCGGCGCCCAUGGGCGGCCGCGGCGACGCGGUGCAUGCCUACCUGCCCUUUUUCGGCAGCGCCAUCGCGCCCAUAUUCGGCGCCUUUGUAACCCAAGAAAGCAACUGGCGCUGGAUCUUCUGGGGCACGUCCAUCUUCAGCCUGGUGGCCAUCAUCCUGGCCUUUGUGGCGCUGGAAGAGACGUACCACGCGGUCCUGCUGGAGCGCAAGGCGGCGCGGCUGCGCAAGGAGACGGGCAACAUGCGCCUGCACACGCCCUUUCACCCUCCCGGGGUGGACCAGCGGCGCAACUGGCUGCUCAAGCGCGCGGCGCUGCCUUGGUUCAUGUUGGUGUCGCACCCCAUCGUGCAGCUGCCGUUUGGGUACAGGGCGUACCUGUUCGGCAUCAUGUACCUCGUCAUCUCGACCUUUGACCGCAACUUUGUCGCCUUUUACGGCAUGGACAGGGCGAGUGCAAGCCUCAACUACCUCGCGCUCGGCAUCGGCUUCGUGGUAGGGCUGCAUAUCAGCCGCUACGCUAUCGACGGGUUUUCGGCAUAUUUCCGCCGCAAGCACAACACAACCGGGCACCGGCCCGAAUGGCGGCUGCCCGUCAACGCCGGCGCCGCCAUCCUCCUGCCGCCGGCGCUGGCACUAUACGGCUGGGGCCUCCAAAACAGGCUGCACUACAUUGUCGUGGACCUUUCCGCCUUCUUCCUCGCCAUCGGCCUGAUCCUGGGCUUCUUCAGCCUGCAGCCGUACGUGACCGAGUCGUACGGGCUCGAGUACGCGGCGAGCGCGCACACGGUCGGCGCCUUUCUGCAGCACAUUGCCGAGUUCGCCUUCCCACUGGCCGGGCCGCCCGUUACGAGCUCGGACCUGGGCUUCGGCUGGGGCUACACCAUGCUGGCCGUCUUUACGCUGGCCGUCUGCGUCAUGAUGCCCAUGGUUCUGUGGCACUUUGGCCCGGCCAUCCGCCGCGUGAGCACCAAGGGCCUGCCCGUCGACCCGUCAGCAAGGCGCUAAGGCGGCAGGGGGGCGUGGUGCUGGGGGGUUGUGGUGGUGGCGCUCGCGCUGUCUGGG